AAGCUCAAACGGCUGUUUCCUGAUGAGUUGGAGCGUUUCACCAGCAUGAGAAUGAAAAAGGACAAGGAAAAGCCUGGCCAGAUGACAGGCCAGCAACAUUCCUCUGCUGCCAGCUACGAGAUCAGUGCUCAGAGUGCCAUGCUGAACGAUCACUCUGAUGAUUAUGUGCUGGAACUCUUUGAGCAGAUGCUGGUGGAUAUGAACCUGAAUGAGGAAAAGCAGCAGCCCCUGAGGCAAAAGGACAUGUUGAUAAAACGAGAGAUGGUGUCACAAUACCUCCACACCUCUAAAGCUGGCCAAAGCCAGAAGGAAAGCUCCAAGUCGGCCAUGGUAUACAUCCAGGAGUUGAAGGCAGAUUACAGGGACACACAGCUGCUGGCCUGUCUGGAAUCCCUACGAGUCUCGCUCAGUAACAACCCUGUCAGCUGGGUGCAGAACUUUGGUGACGAGGGACUCGCUCUACUUUUGAAUUUGCUACGAAGACUACAAGAGGAGAAAGACGAGUUUCCACAAAUCGGUGUUAAAUGCCAACAUGAGAUAAUUCGCUGCCUGAAAGCCUUCAUGAACAACAAGUGUGGUUUAAAAUCCAUGUUGGAGUCAGAAGAGGGGAUUAUUCUGCUGGUCAGAGCCAUGAACCCAAAGCUUCCUCAAAUGAUGGUGGACGCUGUCAAACUGCUCUCUGCCAUCUCCAUUUUGGAACACACUGAAAACCUUCAUGAGCGUGUUUUGGAAGCUAUUACAGAGGAGGCUGAAAAAAGGGACAUUGAAAGGUUUCAGCCUCUCAUUGCCGGAAUGGACAAUCAAAACGUUGGUCUUAAGGCUGGCUGCAUGCAGCUGAUUAAUGCCUUGAUAAGCCGGUCAGAAGAACUGGACUUCAGAAUUCAUAUUCGCUCUGAACUGCUCAGAUUGGGCCUCAGAGAACAACUGAAGGAGGUGAAGGAAAUAGAAAAUGAAGAGCUGAAGGUGCAACUGACAGUGUUUGAAGAUCAGGCUGAAGAUGAUUCGGACGAACUCAAAAUGCGUCUUGACGACAUCCGCAUCGAAAUGGAAUAUCCUUCCAAAGUGUUUGACAUCUUGGUCAACACGGUUAAAGACUCCAAGGCCGAAACGCACUUCCUGUCCCUGAUGCAGCACCUGCUCCUGAUCCGCAGUGAUUAUUUGGCCAGGCCGCAGUACUACCAGUUAAUAGACGAGUGCAUCGCACAGAUCGUACUUCACAGGAAUGGAGCAGACCCUGACUUCAAAUGUCGCAAGCUCAGUUUUAACAUUGAACACCUGAUAGACCAUAUGGUUGACAAGACCAAAGUGGAGUCCAGUGAGGCGAAAGCUACUGAGUUGGAAAAGAAGCUGGAUGCCGAGUUGACGUCGCGCCACGAGUUGCAGGUGGAGCUGAAGAAACUGGAGGGGGAUUAUGAACAGAAGGUGCAGGACCUGAGCCGAGAAAAGGAACAGCUGGCCACGUCCAAGCAGGAGCAAGAAAAGGAAAACCAGGGACUGCAACAACAGCUUAGUGCCUUACAAAACCAGGUUGAGAAGCUGUCCAAGGAUCUGGAAGAUGCCAAAACUAAGGUUAUUACAGUUACGGUUCCUGUGCCUACACCUGGCUUACCCCCUCAACCACCUGGCCAGACUGCAGGCAUGCCUCCUCCACCUCCACCCCCUCCUUUACCAGGACAGGCCGCUUUACCUGUUGGCCUUGUCCCACCCCCUCCUCCAUUACCCGGUCAAGCUUGCGUAUUUCCUCCAGCUGGCAUGCCAGGACCUCCACCACCCCCACCCCUGCCUGGCAUGCCAGGUCCUCCACCACCACCGCCCCUGCCUGGCAUGCCAGGACCUCCACCACCUCCUCCACUUCCUGGCAUGUCAGGGCCACCACCGCCUCCACCCUUACCAGGUAUGGGACCUCCACCACCGCCACCUCCACCUGGGGGUCCAGGUGUUCCUCCUCCGCCACCAGGGUCAGGAAUGCCACCCCCUCCACCAUUCGGUAUGGGUGGCUGGGCGGCCCCUGCACCACCUCCUCUACCUUUUGGGCUCCAACCUAAGAAGGAGUACAAGCCUGAGGUCCAACUGAAGAGGGCAAACUGGAGUAAGAUUGGACCAGAAGACCUCUCUGAGAACAGUUUUUGGGUCAAGUCCAGUGAAGAGAAAUUUGAAAACAAUGAACUGUUUGCCAAACUCACCCUAACCUUUUCCUCACAGACCAAUUCCUUCAUCUCCUUCAUCUUCCUCUCACUGGUUCCCCAAGCGCUCAUCACUCCACCCAGCAGAUUAACUACA